CCCGCUCCAGACACCGCCACAGCCAGUCGCAGCAGCAGCAGCAGUUUACGUGAAGAUGGCAGCCAACAGGUUCGUGAUGAUCGCCCUCGUGGCCGCAGUGGGUGUGGCCCUGGUGGCAGCCAGGCCGCAGGAGGACAGGACCGAGAUCAGCAACGAGAUCCCUCUGGGUAUUGACGUGAGCAAUUCCCCAACGCCGACCAGCGUCAGUACAAACUCCAGCAGUGUGUCGGACUUCACAACUGAAGCCCCUACAUCCACUACAGUUCCGACAACAAGGAGCUCAAUGUUCUCCAGGAUAAUCAAUGAUAUUUUCCAGAUCCCCAUCACCGUGCUGCGAGCGGUCAACAACCUGCUCAACAACUCCUUCGGCAGGUGCAAUCUGCAGUAGGUAAUAUUUUCAAACUUCGUUUGUUAGGGACAAAAAUAAAAUGAAAUUAUUUAUGAAUACUGAAUUAUUUAUUAAAAAUUACGAUUAAAAAUAUUUUUUUAUGAAAAUAAAAUUGGUUUUAGACAUGUAAGAUUUUUUCCACUUUCACUGAUUGUAAUAAAUAAUAAAUAUUCAAAAUUUGAAAUUAU